CUCAUCACCUUAAACAUGCCUUACAGGCUUAAACCAAGCGCUAACCUUCAUCUAUAAAUUCUCCCUACUCUCUUCAACCUUCAGCUCAUCAGCCCUUCAUCGUCCAAGCCUUUGCUUGUUUUCUUACAUUGUUCUCUUAGUGAAAGCACAAAUAUCUGAGGUAAGAUGGCAACCCAGACCAUUGAGAACUACCGCGAGGCCGCCGAGGUGUACCAAGGUGAUGCCCCCUGCAGGGAGAAGUUCACCCAACUCCUCGAAGAGCACGGCCUCCCGAAGGGUCUGUUUCCCCUCGAGGACAUCAAGGAGUUUGGUUACAACCGUGCAGCCGGGUUCAUGUGGCUGGUCCAGAAGAAGAAGAACGAGCACACGUUCAAGAAGAUCAAGCAGACGGUGUCGUUUGCCACCGAGGUGACAGCCUUCGUGGAGCAGCGCAAGAUGAAGAAGAUAACUGGGGCGAAGGGGAAGCAGCUGUUGCUGUGGCUCUCUCUCGUCGAGAUUUACAUCGAUGACCCAUCGUCCGAGAAGAUCACUUUCAAGUCCGGCACCGGACUCUCUGACAGCUUCCCGGUGUCUGUCUUCGAGCUUGAAUAGCGUGUGUGAGAGAGAGAGUUGGUGGAGGGACUAGGGCUGGUUCUCUUUUCUCUGGGUCAUGGGAAAUGGAAAUUAGCCUCGCUAUCUAUUGCCCUUUUUUUACUAUUUCUUUGGGUGGAAUCAAUCGCUAUCUGUCGUCGAAGUUGCUAAGGUUAUCUUGGGCAAAGCUGCUGCAUCAACUAAGUGUUCCAGUUCAUCAUCUUAAUAUAAAUAUAUUUUUAAAUAUACCAAAUGAUUCAAUUGUAUACACUUUGAGUUUGGAGUACA